GCAUCCCGCGUUUCUCUCAGACGUCAUUCCGCGCUAACGAUCUCAGUCAAAACCACGCGACAUCAAACAGCACGUGGGCGCUUCCGUUGCAAUACUCACACGCAUCUCAUACCAAUGGCACACGACAAGUUGUACCUUUUCGGUGGCAAGGAGGCCUGGAAUCCUGCCGAUUGGACGGCGUCGGAUGAUCGUGUGCGUGGAGGAAAGUCUCAGUCGUACGUUGAAUGCUCCAGCUCUGAUUCCGUUGCCCGUUUCCACGGGACUCUUGAUAUUAAGACUCUCGGUGGCGCCGGUUUCGCCAGUCAACGGACUACAGGUGAAGACCGAGUCUGGAACAUCGAUGGUUAUGAUGGUAUUCAAUUUGAGAUUACCAAAUCUGACGCCAAGAAAUACACAUUCAACCUGAAGGACACAUUGCUUGAGAAGAACCCUGAGAAUGGAAGGGAGCAAGCCACAAUCUCCUAUGAGUAUGACUUUACAGCUUCAACUCAGGCGGCGGAGGACAAACCGGUGUCCGUUUUUAUCCCAUGGAAAGAUUUGAAGGCAACUUACCGCGGCAAAGAAAAGAAGGAUGCACCGCCUCCUAACUUGAAGAAUGUCAAGAGACUAAGCAUCAUGAUGCGGAGCUUUUUCGGUGACCAAGAAGGUCCCUUUUCGCUUUCCAUAAGAUCUAUCUCGACAGUCACUCAAAAGAAGGACGAGAAGCAGGAUGCUAGCACGUCACCAUAUGCCACCUCAGGUGACCUUGAAAAAGGCACGUUGCCAACGGAUGCACAGAACAUUCAAGCUGCAAAUCAGCAAAGAUCUGGUUCCUUCCUGGCACCUCGGAUGGCUCGACUUGCGCGGGCAUUUCAUGUAGCUGCGGCGAUCAUGUUGUUUGUGUGGCUUUUGAAGCCAAUGAGCUCGUAGGCUGAGGGUUCAAUACGAUAAGCGGGGUCCGAUGAUUCGAAAUGCUAACAGUGACAUGAAGCGCUUCCACAACCUUAACGAAUCCAAUUGACCACUUGGUUGUGCCUAGGCACCAAGUCUCGUUUGCAAUUUGCAAAAGUUGCAAUGGGUGUUAGAAUUUCGGCACAGUU